AUGGCAGUGAUAACUGUGAAGGCGCUGCAGCAGCUGCUGUUUCUGCUGCAGCAGCAGCAGCAGCAGCGGCUACCUAAAUAUGCAACACCUGAUGGUCUUCCUGCUGCUGCUCCUGCUGCUGUCGAUGGAUGGAAAGAUGAAUGGCUGAUGAUUAAAGCCAGAGAACAACAAGCCAAGUUUGAUCGAAAACGAAUCCGCGAGCUGGCAGCCAAGUGGGCUUGGUCGAGCGAAACCAAAGGCCUUCUGAAAGUGCCGCGAGUAGACCCUCUUCGAGGGUUUAGGGUUUGUAAAUUCUCCUCCCAAGAGGCCCCAGCCCCAGGCAGCAAAUACGACAACCUCUACAUGGACGAUGAGCCGCUAGAAGAAGAUGAAGAGGAUAUGGAGCAGCUCGCUGCGGCUUUAGAGGCGCGGGACCGUGAAGAGGCAUGGGCUACUGCAGAAUAA